GCCAUUGAUCAAAACCUCACUUUCUCAGCCUCGUCCUGCUCGUCGCAACCCGCCCACCCUCGCCUGCUGCCCUGGUUGACGCGCACAACACACAUACACACACACACACACAUCAAACAAAGCUAGCAAGAUGGCACCCCUCGACAAACCGACUCCUGCGGAGCUGGAGCAGCAGCUCAAAGACACGAUUCAUGAUCUCUACCAGAUUAUGGUCCAGGUCACAACCUACAACGCGACCCCAUCCAACCCCUCGGGUCCGGCCCUCUCCGAUUCGGUCCAGGCGCUCUCCCAGUCUUUGCAGCGCGUUCACAUGACGGCCACGGCCGGCGCGCCCCCCUCGCCCGACCUGCCCGGCGCCCUGCCCAAGAUCCCGCCCGAGCUCGUGCAGUACGUCGAGAAUGGCCGGAACCCGGACAUCUACACGCGCGAGUUCGUCGAGCUCGUCCGCCGUGGCAACCAGCUGAUGAAGGGUAAGAUGGGCGCCUUUGCGCAGUUCCGCGACGUGCUGGCCGACCACAUGGAGAGAGGCAUGCCCGAGCUGCGCGACGACGUCGCGAGGAUUCUCGAGGGGACAAAGGUCGUCGGGAGCGGCAGGCCAGGGGGUGAUUGAG